AGGAAGCUACCCCUAAUCAAUAUCAAUGGUCGACUGCUUCCAUGUGCUUCUGCUCUUUCCCAUUCGAAACUGCAAGAAAUUCCUUCUAGCGGUUUAUAUGGGUGGUAAGUAGAGUUUGGAGGCAAGGAGGAGGAGGCAGCUUGGACCAACUCUACCAUAAAGAAUCCAUCAUACAAUUUUCAAUUUCUCUGCAUUUUCCAAUCCAGAAGAUCGUGGAGAGCCAAAGUUCAGAAGAGAACCGAGGGAAUUAGAGAGGAGAUUGAAAGACCCAAAAAAAAAAAAAAAAAGGCUAGCAGUUAGAAUCGAAGUCAUUGGGUGUGAGAUUAGAGAAGAGAUCGGAAGGACAAGAAAACUACUUUCUCACCGGCAUUUCUAAAGGAUAAGAUUGGUUCCAGCCCCUGAAGUGCAGGAUUAGAAGUUUAAAAUGGGGACCGGAUUUUGAUUUGAUGCCACCUGUAUAAAUUACAUCCAUUUAGUAUAUGUAUCAACUAGACCAAAGAAAGAUGAACAGAGCUAACCAAUUCACAAAUUCCAUUUUAUAGUGUUUGGUAUCUGAUUAUUUGCCACAAAUUCACAUGGAGUCAUCAAGAAAAGGCAUGGCAUCAUGGAAAGUGGUGUGUGGAUAGUCCACUUAAUGGAUUCAAUGAAACCAAGUGAUAAAAAAGGAAGGCAAGGCAGGUGGUGUUGAUGGUAGUGAUGAUGCUUUUGGCAAGAGGCCCCUUAAACAAGUCCAACCUUUUUCAGGUAUCAUUCUCAUGGUGAUCCCAUUUUGGUAUCAAGUAAUUUUUUUGUUUUAGUCAAAGUAUUAACAUUCUAAAAUAAUUGUAGAUGCUCCUAUAUUUUUAUGGUCAAUUGGUUUUAACUUCAAUGAUAACAUAGAACCAUUUUAAUCAUCUAAAACAAAAUCAUUUAAACAGUUUAUACAUGAUAAUGUGCAAUUGUUGAUGAUGCAUAUGUGCUUUCCUUUUACUAACAACACUUUCAAUUGAAAGCAACUUUGAAUUCUAAAAAAAAAGCCACUCCCGCAUGUUCAUGUACUCAUCUCCUUUUGGUGGAUCAAGAGCAUCAGGAUAAGUCUAGAGAAUGUGUGGCUGAAUCUCAUUAGGCUGGCCUUCAUCAAAUGAUCAAGGAAACAAAAGCAAGGCCUAUAAAUAAGAUUUCGAAUUUUAGAAAAAUUGGAGAGAAACUGACGAGAAAAGUGGAAACCGUUGGAAGAAGAGGAGGAGGAGAGAGCUGUGUCCACGAAGGCAAGAAGUCUGGUGGCGGUGAGGACCUAACCGGAGGCGAGGAAAGAGGCAUGAAUGGCGAAUGCGAUCUUGUCAUGAUUGUUUCUGAAAGACGGCCUGGCCGCCCUGAUCACUGCCAUCACUGAUUUCUCGUUUGCCAUUCUACUUCUUACUUUUUCUACUCGAAAAGUAGUAUUUGAUCGGUCGGAUUGAGGUUCGUGUUUCUUGGGAGUUACUACUCAAACCUCAGAGUUGGGACUUGGGAGAAAAAGGAAAAAGAAGCAUGGUGGUUCUUUAUUCCGGUGGACGGUGCUAGAAUUUGUGCCUGCUGAAAUUCGCUUUUAUUGUAGAAUAUACAGGCCCAUGGCCAGGACUAAGUCCAAGUUGUGAUUUGCCCACAACCCUUACUGACCACGAAUAUUGUUUUAUCUUAUGAACAAAUCAAAUGGCUGCCAUGUAUACCAAUUUCAAGCUGAUAUAUUCAUUGUGUUAUACAUACUAGAAUGAUUAUGUAUUAUAUAAAAUGAAAAGUAACAUGAUGAGUACCUGAGUUGAUCCAAAAAAUAUUUUGAAUCAUUAAAUGCAUUCUUUGCUACAAUUUUCAAGAAUUAGGACGAAUGUGAUCAACUCAACAAAAUUCUACCAGACCAAAAUGUUGUUUCAACUCUUUUCUUUGGCCUUCCAUGCAGGUUGCAGCAGAAUAAAGUCCGGAUAUGUUACUGAAUAAAUCCUGCGAAUAAGAUAUCAUUUAUAAGCUUCCACACAUAACUUUUGAUAAUUUUUUUUCCUUGCACAAGUAAAAAGCAUUACCUUUAUAUUAUGUGUGAUGAACCUUCAGCUUUGAUUUAUUUUAUAUCUGAUA